GAAACGUCAUGUGAAAGAAGAAGAAGAAAUCGGAAAAAGAAAAUGGCUCCCGUGCUUGUGUGUGAAUAAAAACAAUUUUAACGCGGUUUUUGUGAUCAAACAAGUAGAAUUGUGUGUUAAAUGAGGAGCAAGUACUGUGGAUUAAGUGGUGAUCAAGUGUUUUGAUUGAUUUCAGCGCAAAUAUGACCGCAAACAUGUAUCGGGUCGGAGAUUAUGUCUAUUUUGAGACAUCAUCUUCAGCUCCGUAUCAAAUUCGUCGGAUUGAGGAGCUAAAUAAAACACCCUCAGGCAAUGUUGAGGCUAAAGUAAUGUGCUUCUAUCGACGAAGAGACUUACCAACCCCAUUAGUUCAACUUGCUGACAAACAUCAGAUGGCAACUGCUGAUGAUUCUCCUGUAGCCAUGAAACUCAAAAAGAUGUGGCUCAAAACACCAGUUGGUGAGGAGCAGGCAGCUCAGGCCGUAUUAGAUCCGGCUAUAGCUGCUCUGGAGGAGGACAGGAGUACAGGUGGAAACAACAUGGGUGGCGAAAAAGGUGAAAAUUUCACACAAAAGCAACGGCACCAAAUGAAGCAUCGAGAAUUAUUUUUAUCGCGUCAAGUUGAAACACUUCCUGCCACACAUAUUAGAGGAAAAUGUUCAGUAACAUUGCUGAAUGAGACCGAAUCACUGCUAAGUUAUCUAAACAAAGACGAUACGUUCUUCUACUGUUUGGUAUUUGAUCCCACGCAAAAGACAUUGCUGGCGGAUAAAGGUGAAAUUCGCGUUGGGAGUCGGUAUCAAACGGAAGUGACGGCAUUACUGAAGGAGGGUGAAUCCGACAAUAGGACCCUCGAGGAGUUGGAAACACUCACAUGGACACCGAAUCAUGCUCUUACGGAUAGGAAAAUAGAUCAAUUUCUCGUUGUAUCCAGAUCCGUUGGAACAUUUGCUCGUGCUCUUGACUGCAGUAGCUCCGUUAAACAACCGUCCCUUCAUAUGUCGGCAGCAGCAGCUAGUCGUGAUGUUACAUUGUUCCAUGCCAUGGACACACUGCACAAACACAAUUACUCAAUUGAAUCGGCCAUGUGUUCGUUGGUACCAUCAAGUGGACCAGUUCUGUGUCGUGACGAAAUGGAGGAAUGGAGUGCAUCUGAGGCGAAUUUAUUUGAGGAAGCCCUCGAGAAAUAUGGGAAAGACUUCAAUGACAUUCGACAAGAUUUUCUCCCGUGGAAGACAUUGAAGAAUAUUGUUGAAUAUUACUACAUGUGGAAGACGACGGAUCGCUAUGUGCAGCAAAAGCGCGUAAAAGCGGUGGAAGCUGAGUCGAAAUUGAAGCAAGUGUACAUUCCCAACUACACAAAACCCAAUCCAGCGGUGAUUAAUAAUACAAAGGGUGUUCUCAAUGGAAGCUCCAACGGAAGCAGUGGCAACGAUGUACUAGCCUUGACCAGUGGUGCUACGAAUAAUGCCAGUAUUGGGGGUGGCAAAGCGUGCGAGUCCUGCCAAUGCAUAUCAUCGCAGCAGUGGUUCUCAUGGGGUCCAGCGCACCUCAAUUGCCGCCUUUGCUUCAAUUGCUGGUCAUACUGGAAGAAAUAUGGCGGCCUUAAAGUUGCGUCUCGCAUAGCUGAUAGUGAUAUUGAUGCGCUAAAGAAGCGCUCAAAUAAUGACAUUGACGAUGAGAGGUUGAAUGAUUUAACAAAUAGACCACCCCAUCGGUGCUCCAUUGUCAAUUGUGGGAAGGAGUUCAAAUUGAAAGCCCAUCUUGCCAGACACUAUGCCCAGGCGCAUGGUAUCGCUAUACGUUCGGGCUCACCGCGGCCAAUUAUGAAGACACGAACGGCAUUCUUUCUCUAUACAACAGCAGCAACGCGUCUCUCUCGCAAAAUCUGCAGACAUCUCAUACGGCCACGAAGAGCGGCGCGACAACCCUCCUUCGCCAUCAAUUUCCAGGCGGUAAAGCAAGAAUUCUCAAUGGCAAUUGCCGGUAAGACACUUCCGGAGAUAAAGGCAAUGCUUGUGUAUAAGAAAAAGGAUCGAGGCAGUGUGACGCACAUUGCAAAUCGUUUGGGGAAUCCCGGAUCAACGGUGGGAGAGUGGUUGAUUCUAACACCGAAAGAGAAUAUGCCAAAACCCGAGGUGGUUGCAUUCCCAAAGCCACCAAAGGCACCAGAUGGUAGUUUACUCUACGAGAGGAUACCCAAUAAACCCGAGGCUGAGAAAAUACCAUUGAAUGCACCAUCACCAUCACUCAAAAGACGCGCCUACGAUGAAGUUAAUGGCAUUGAUACGCCAGCUCCUGUUGUUGGACCACCUACAAAGAGGCCUAAUAAGGAUCCAGCUCCAUCCCAUCGACCCACACAGGAGCAGUAUGCUGCAAUGAUGGCAGCAGCAGCGGCCGCAGGUCAACCCCUUCCUCGACAUCAUUUGAAUGGGAAGCCAAAAAUUGCUCAAAUGACGCGAACGGGUUCGGGGAGGAAGCAGGUGAUUAGUUGGAUGGAUGCACCUGAUGAUGUUUACUUUAGGGCAACAGAUGCCAGCAAGAGAGCGAGGCGAGGACUGAGCUUGUCUGAGUUGAGGCGAGCCGCUAGGAAACCAUGGAGGAGUCUCCAGGUGAAAACAACGAUAAAUAUGAAUCCCCCAAUUCCACCAAUUGCCACCACACAGCCCGGCAGUGAUCUUCAGGUUGUGAUACUUGACUGACCAGAACCCCAGCCGCAUCCGUACACAAUGGAAGCCCUGCUCAAUUAAACACACAACACACACACAAUACACACUGAGCACACACACACAUAGAAACACUUUUAAGAAAAUAAUAAAAAAAAUCUAGAUUCAUUUGAGGGGUUUAUAAAAUACACUAAAAGAAAUUUUUUUAGGUAAGUCAUUCGUUUUAUCACAAUUUUUACAUAAAAUAUAUUAUAUAUAUAAAGAAAAAUGAAGAAGAAGUGAAAAUGAAAGUGAAAAAGAACUAGCAAUUGUGUGAAAUGGGAAAAAAGAAUCAUUUGGGCAUUUCAAAUGAGAUGAAUGAUGUGGUGAGACAGGGAGGUCCACGAGUUUGUUUUAUAUUUUAAAUUUAAAAAAAAAGAAAGAAAAAAUAACGAGAAAGAAUCAUUAUCACGUGAAACUGUGUGAGGAUUGAUUUAUCUUUCACAGCUCUAAAAGAAAAUCUUUCUCAAUCUGUACACAUUUUUUUUUAAUUUAAAAAAAAAGAAAGAGAUUGCAAAAGAAAAAAAAUAACUUAGAGAAGAGAAUGAAAAAUCUUGUGUGGUGAUGCAUAUAAUGAGAGAUAUUAGUUUUUCUAUAACAUUAUGAAUGUUGAUGUGUCAAGAAUGAGAAAAAUAUAUAUAUAUAUAUAUUAUAAAUAUUAGAUAUGAAUGUGUUUUACAAGCAAAAAUAAAAUAUAAGAUUAAACAAGAUGAAAAAAAAGAUAAAAAAGCAAGAAAAAAUUAACCACCAAGAAACUUAAUUAAAAAAAUUAAAAUAAUGAUAGAUGAAGGAAGAGAAAAAGAAAACCAAUUAAUAUUUCGAUAAUAGAGAUUAACUAUUAAAAGAUUAAAUUAAAUUUAAUUAUAAUGUAAUGAGGAUGAGAAAGAGACAGAAAAAAAUUCCUAAUCUAAAUUUUGAUUAUUGUGUACACUUAUACGUAUAUAAUAAUACCUACCUAACUAUAAACUGAGAACCAAACUUAUUGGGAUAAAUUUUACAUACACACACACCUAACAAGAAUUUAGAAAGCAUGUGGAAGGUCAUGUUUAAAGAAAAAAAGAAAUGCAAGAAACAAUUUUUUGAUCACAAUUUCCCACACCUAAAUAUUUUCUAAACACGCCAAGAUGGAGGUACAAGUUUUAUUUAUUUUCAUUUUAAAAGAUUUUUUUUAGUAAACUGCGAAAAAAAUAUCUCAAAUUUAGAAAAAAUCUAAGGAAAUUUUUAUUAUUAUUUUUUAAAAUUAUAAAUAAAGUUUUAAAACAAAAUUCGUGUGAUUGCGAACAAAGGGGAUAAAAUAAAAUGGAAUGCAUGUCAUUCAAAUUUAAAUGUGACCCAUAAAAAAAAGAA